AUGGGAGAUCUUGGACGCCUCACUCUUCCAUGUGAGUUUGGUAACAAUUUGAAAACUUAUGCUUUAGCUGAUUCCGGGGCUAGCAUAAAUUUAAUGCCCUAUUCAUUCUAUCAAAAGCUGAAUAUUGAGAAAAUGACGGCUACAAAAAUGACCAUCCACAUGGCCAAUUUUUUGGUGACGCAUCCAAGGGGAAUUAUAGAAGACAUCCUUGUUAAAAUUGGGAAGUUUGUAUUCCCAGUUGAUUUUUUGAUUAUGGAUAUGAAGGAGGAUGAAAAUGUCCCAAUCAUUCUUGGUCGCCCUUUGCUGGUUGGUGAUGAUAAGGAAGAUUUUGGAAUACAAGAUGGAUUUCAAGGAUAUGAUGUUAAAGGUGAAGUGUUCAAUAUUGAUGAAGAGAAUUAA